AUGGGCCUGCCUCCACAGCGAGAACUCCUCCUGGCAACCGGCGGGGACACAAGGGAUGUCUACGACUGCCUUCCUGCUAAGUGCGAGGACUUUGUUGUGAACUGUACUAAGUGUACGUGUUUAAGCUUCCCAACAGACCCAGACGUUUGCUCAAAGACCCCUGGCCCGGGGCUCUUGCCUUGCUUUUACUACAGAGACUCGUUUACAGUAGAAUGCACCGAAUGCGCAUAUAGGUCGUUUCUUGACUUUGCGGGUGGAUGUUCCCUGUGCGAAGAAUAUAUCAAUAAUUGCGACUCUUGCAUACAGCUGAAAGACCAGACUAUAGUGUGUAAUACCUGCGAGUAUAGUUAUGCAGUAGGCAGGCUCGAUGGAUCAAAGUGCAUCAACUGUCGUAUUCAGAUCCCAAAUUGCCUGGAAUGCUCCUUCUCAAAAGCGCAGCUGGUCUACAACUGCAACAAGUGUAUUGACAAUUAUGUAGUGAUCCACGAUGGCAGCUGUGUAUUCUGUGAGGACAUAUUUCCUGAUUGCGAAGAGUGUAAAAUGGAAGGCUCCGAACCGCGCUGCAUCAAAUGUAGGUUUGGGUAUGGGCUUAUUGAGAAAACGGCUGCAGUAUCCACAACAGACGUAUGUGAAUUUUGUCAUAACGUCAUACCAAAUUGUACGGUAUGCGCCUUCGAGACAAAGGAUAAAGUAACUUGCCUUGCAUGCAACGAAGGACUGCAAAUGAUUGCCAAGAAUAGCUGCAGCAAUUGCACAGAGAUAGAUCCUUAUUGUACAAUGUGUGUGUCAAGCCCGAAUCCCACCUGCACAGUCUGCAAGUCGGGGAUGACGUUUGUCGAUGGCAAGUGCAGGAGCUGUUUGGCGAUAAGUGGAGGCUGCAAGAGCUGUGUAUAUGGCCUUAAACCAUAUUGCACAGAGUGCAUUUCCGGCUUCUAUUUAAUUAACCCUGGUACUGGUGCAACAUGCGUGCUAUGUGCGACAGUGGUAGAAAAGUGUGCAGAGUGCUCUUUAAAUGACGGGACCAUUACGUGCUUUGCCUGUAAAAAUGGAUACUAUCUCGCGAAGAACAAUAAAUGUGAAAAGCUGCAAAGUAAUCCCAAGAGAUGCAAACAGUAUCACAUCGACUCUUGUAGUGCUUGCAUGGAUGGGUAUGUCCUGGUCAAUCGCACAUGUGUCUUUUGCAGAGCAUAUCUCCUUGGCUGCACAAAGUGCACUAUCUCAAGGGAUAGUGACAUAGAGUGCACAGAGUGCAUAGUUGGAUAUUACCUGAAGAAUGGAGAGUGCGUUGCCUGCUCGAGGGUUGUACCAAAUUGUCGAACGUGUGUCCCGGCAAGCGGAGCUCUUAGCACACAGGAAAUAGUUUGCACAAGCUGCGCAAUCACCUACUACCUGAAUAAUACCCACAAUACUUGUGAGCUGACGAUCCCAAACUGUGUCUACUUCUUUAAAGAGGAGAGUAGCGUGCAGUGCCAGACAUGUCUAGACGGUUAUCAGCUAAACAUAGAUAGUCAUGGAAACUCUUCGUGUGUACUCGUAGCACAGGAGAAAACAGAACUCUGGCUCUACAUGUGGAUGAUGUUUGUCCUCUUCUCUGGAUUGAUGCUUCUGGCUUUCCUAUCUACCUGCUUUAAGAAGGUUCUGGUUGCAAAGGAGCAGUCUCGUCCCUCAAGUACUUGCGAUAGCGUAUCAAAGGAUAAGCGAUGUUGA